AUUCUUUGUGUGUUCCCUAACGCUUCGCCAAAAUAUUUUGAUAGUUAUGAUGCUAUAGACUGCAGGAAGGCUCCUCCUCUGAUGUCUUAAAGUGGUUUUCAGAGACACAAUCGGCUGUCUUCCAAGUUCAAAGGAGCGUUUUGCAGCUGCAGGGUAGCUUACAACUAAAAUAAAACAACAAAAUAGAGUAAUGACUGCAGCUUGCAGUCCGUUUUGGUCACCACUCCUAAGGACCAGAGAGCUAAAGGGCUGGAGGAGGAUGAGAGAGCAGGAGGAGAUGGUCCAUGCUGGCCAGGAGCAUCUGGCUUACCCACCCCAGUGUCCCUUGAACUGCGGCCCUUGCUGGCCAUCCUGCAUUUCAGUGACGUUUGCUGACUCCCACGCAGUUCGUGUGCGCUGUCAAAUGUCGCUGGGAUGAAAUGAGUCAGUUCACUGGUCAUCCGGGGUGGAUGAUACAAAGCUGUACAAAUGACUCGGAGUCAGAGGCUGAGGUUUACUUAUUUAUUUUAGGCACCUAACUCCAUCAAAAUAGAACUUUAAAAAUUCUUGGCCAGUUUCAAGAAUUUCUUGGGGCCCUUGGGAACCCAAGACCCCUCUUCUUCCAGGGAAUUAGGUUUCUAAGUGCUGGUUUAUUAAGAUUCCCAGGGGCAUUUAGGUGUCUAAAGAUGUGAUCUAACAGAAUUUCUGUAUUUUAGGUGUCUCUGUACAUGCCUAAUAACAGCUAUGCUUAAUGAAAUUACUUGUUGCCUCCUUUUAUGUGAUAAAAGCCAGUGUCUUCACAAUCUUGGUAGAACUUAGCCCAUGGAAUAGAGGCAGGAUGGUUGAUUGUCACCUUGCCAUAGGAAAGGGACAAAAUUGGCCAAAUGGUUAUAAUUUCUUUAAACAUAUUCUCUAUUUGAGAUUAUUCACCAGAAUAGUUACAGUGAAUUGUUUUGUGUUUUAGCAGGCGUGCAAGUGGCUCCUGGGUGAUUUGCAGAAUAAUGUUUUGAAAUUGAUGCUGUCUGUCUUGGGCGCGCAGGCCAGUGGGUAUAUAACCGCUCCCUAAUUGGCUGAGUGUAACAUUUUAGCGUUGGGUUUCUGAUGCCAAUAUGAAUCUGUCAUUUGCUUCCUGUGGAUAUUAUACAGUAUAUGUUGAGCACUUGAGGUCUAGUGACUGCUGUGCCGGUGGAUACGGCCAACCAACUAUCUGCAGAAAGCAAAGGGCAAACGUAGUCCAACUUAGAUGAAUAUUUAUGAAAAUGUUUCUAUUUUAAGCUGCUAUGAUUUUUUUGAAUGUAGUUUUAUCUGUAUAUCUAUUUAUCACAGUAUACAUCUAUGUUAACCUAACAUGUAUAUCAAUAUUUAAUACAUAUAUAAGCAUGCAUAUGUUUUUGUGUAAUGUGUGUACCACUGCUGCAAAUCUUUGCACAGAAUAUUGGCCCUUAGUGCUCUGAGGUGUCCCACGGGCCGAUGCUCGUGUUCCUGGGGCGGUGCAGACUGCCCGGCUGUGCAGAGGCUUGCAGCAGCGGGCCGCCGUGCUGCCAGAAGUGCAGUCUUCUGGCAGCCUGCAGACACCAGAGACGGUACUUCUGAAACGCUGGCGCUGUGCAAUUCUGUUAUUGCUGCUGUUUAGCUAAGCAGAGAUUCAUUGACUUUGGUAGGAUGAAAGUUUAUUGUGUUUCUCCUGUUUUGAAUGUAUCUUUAUAUCCUUUCCCCUUAGAUGACUAUGUUCACAUUUCUAGCAAGCCCUGUGACCUCCAUUGCACCACUGUGGAUGGUCAGAGACAGUUAAUGGUUCAGGCUCGGGAUGGAACAUCCUGCAAAUACACUGAUUUCCGAGGGGUUUGCGUGUCUGGAAAAUCCCAUUGGAUGCGAUGGCAUUCUGUUUUCCACCCACACCUUGGAUAAAUGUGGAGUUUGCCAAGGAGAUGGGAGCAGCUGCACUCAUGUAACUGGGAGUUACCGGAAAGGAAAUUCUCAUCUUGGCUAUUCUCUGGUAACACACAUUCCUGCUGGAGCAAGAGAUAUCCAGAUAGUAGAACGGAAAAAAUCUGCAGAUGUUUUGGCUGUGGCUGAUGAAGCUGGUUACUAUUUUUUCAACGGGAACUAUAAAGUUGACAGCCCAAAGAACUUCAACAUUGCAGGCACAGUGUUCAAGUACCGCAGGCCCAUGGAUGUCUAUGAGACCGGCAUAGAGUAUAUCGUCGCACAGGGACCAACAAAUCAAGGAUUGAAUAUAAUGGUCUGGAAUCAAAAUGGCAAGAAUCCAUCCAUCACAUUUGAAUAUACUCUCCUGAGGAAGCCACACUCAAAAAAUCUGCAGCCCAUCUACUAUACCUUUUCUGAGUCAGAUAGUGAAGAAAGCAGAGAGUUCGAUGGAGACGUGCCAUUGGGUUUUAUCCAACACAAUGCAACUUAUUUUGGGAAAAUCUCCAGGGAAAGGAUAGAUUUGGAGAACCAGGUGUUUGGAAGGCAGGACACGGAGGAAGAUUUAAACUUGAGCAAAGGUCAGGAAACCAAUGAGGUCUAUGAAAGAGCAGAAACUAUUGACUGUGAGCCAAAACUGAAGGGCAAACAACCCAAAGAUUCAAACGUAACCAGGUCUACUUACCAGACAGACCAUGACGACAGAGACUUUGACCCCAGGUUCACCUCCCGGGAAUUUCUUUCGGAGAACGCCAUUACUGACAAGCUGCUGGACAAGACCUCGGACUCCAAGGAGCUGGUUCUCAACAUGACCAUGAACAGUAUCUUUGCCCAGGGAGACCCAGUCAACUCCGUGGGCUCGCACAUUGACAGCCUCUACGUUGACUAUGAGGAUACCGAUGGCGUCGUGACCUACACCAUCAACAGCACCUACAUGGAGCUGAGCAAUGGCAAAGCCAUCAACACGUCGGCAGAGAUGCCAUUUUCAAACACCACUGUCACCGUGACCAGCCCCCAAGGAAACAGAACCCACAAAGCAAGAAACAGAUUGAAGUUGUUAAGAAAGGGCCAAGGUGUGAGUGCUGCUGACAUGUACAGGUGGAAGCUUUCCUCCCACGAACCCUGCAGCUCUACGUGUACCACAGGAGUGAUGUCCACGUAUGCUAUGUGUGUGCGCUAUGACGGCAUCGAAGUGGACGAUACGUACUGCGAUGCCAUGACCCGUCCCGAGCCGGUCCAUGAGUUCUGCGCGGGCAGAGAGUGCCAGCCCAGGUGGGAGACGAGCAGCUGGAGCGAGUGUUCCCGCACCUGCGGGGAAGGCUACCAGUUUCGGAUUGUCCGAUGCUGGAAGAUGAUCUCUCCUGGUUUUGACAGCUCGGUCUACAGCGAUCUCUGCGAAUCCGCUGACAUUACCCGGCCCGACGAGCGCAAAGUCUGCAAGAAUCCCGCCUGCGGGCCCCAGUGGGAAAUGUCGGAGUGGUCGGAGUGCUCAGCCCGCUGCGGAGAGCGGAGCGUGGUGACCCGCGACAUCCGCUGCUCCGAGGAGGAGACGCUGUGCGACGCCAGCACCCGGCCCCUGGCCGAGAAGAACUGCACGGGGCCGCCCUGCGACCGCCAGUGGACCGUCUCCGACUGGGGACCGUGCAGCGGCGGCUGCGGGCAGGGCAGGAUGAUCCGGCACGUGUACUGCAAGACCAGCGACGGGCGGGUGGUGCCGGAGUCGCAGUGCAGCCUGGAGAGCAAGCCCCUGGCCAUCCACCCCUGCGGCGACAAGAACUGCCCCGCGGCCUGGCUGGCGCAGGACUGGGAGCGGUGCAACACCACGUGCGGCCGGGGCGUCAAGAGGAGGAUCGUGCUGUGCCUGGAGAUCGCCAACGGCAAGAUCAAGACGCGCGCCGCCGCCGACUGCGACGCGGCCAAGAAGCCCGUGGAGGAGACCACCUGCUUCGAGCGGCCCUGCUUCAAGUGGUACACGACGCCCUGGUCCGAGUGCACCAAAACCUGCGGCAUCGGCGUGCGCAUGCGGGACGUGAAGUGCUACCAGGGCAAGGACAUCGUGCGGGGCUGCGACCCGCUGGUGAAGCCGGUGGGCAAGCAGACCUGCGACCUGCAGCCCUGCCCCACCGAGCCGCCAGACGACAGCUGCCAGGACCAGGCGGGAACCAACUGCGCCCUGGCCAUCAAGGUGAACCUGUGCAGCCACUGGUACUACAGCAAAGCCUGCUGCCGCUCCUGCCGGGCCCCCCACUCCUAGGGCCGCCGCCGCCCCCGCUAAGGAUUGCCUUUUAUCUUGUUUUUUCCCCACCAUUGCAAAACUACUCUCCUCGUUCCCCUCUCCCCCGUGCCUCGCAGCGGCGCCAGCACUGCCCGCUGCCCUUGCCACUGUACAUUGGUCCCCCCCGUCAGCAGAGCUGUACAUAGCCCCGUGUACAUUUGAUUCAUCCUCCUUGCAAACAGCCCCGUGUUUUGCGAGGUCUUACCCCGCGGCUUCUCUCACCGGGGCGAGUUUUCAGGCUGCCGGUACCGAGGCACCAGCCCCGUGAGACGAAAGCACCCGAAGGAGCCCAGGACCCGUUUUCUAAUUUAUCCCCGAGCCCUCGCGUGCUAUCUUUAGCUGCAUUUAAUGUGGUGGGAUGCUGAUUUUCAUUUGCUAAAUGAACUCAAGCCCGAGCCCUUUUUUGUAAUAUGUAGGUGUAUACUUUUUCAGAGAAUUUUAUCUUAUAACCAAAUGUUAGUUCCAUAGUCCUUACAAAAAAAUACCCCAUAAUGCUGACAUAUUGUAUAUAAUAAUAUGGAAACAUAACUGCACUUUAUAUCACAAAAAAGACGUGCUCUUUUUUAAUAUAUUUGUUUACAGACAGUGAACUUUAUCCGUAUAAUCAUUAAUUUGUACUCAUAUGUAUAUUUUAAUAAAGUUGUCAUAUUUAUGGUGGUAGAA